AACAUCUCUUGUGGAAAUCGUGAGACGGAACAACAAGUCUGCAUUGAGAUAUCGUACGCUUAAACAUUUAGACGGGUGGAGCCCCCUCACCCACAGCGCCCCACCAUGCCUCUGGUUACGAGGAACAUAGAGCCGAGGCACCUGUGUCGCCAGACCAUCCCGUCCAACAUCCGCAGUGAACUAGAAUGUGUCACCAAUAUCAGCCUGUCAAACAUCAUCCGCCAGCUGGGCAGCCUUAGUAAAUAUGCAGAGGAUGUGUUCGGGGAGCUCUUUGUCCAGGCUGGAGCAUUUGCAGAGAGGGUUAACACACUGGGAGAAAGAGUGGAUCGUCUGCAGGUUAAAGUCACUCAGCUGGACCCUAAAGAAGAAGAGGUCUCUCUGCAGGCCAUCACUACUCGAAAGGCCUUCCACAGCAGUCUGACCCAGGACCAGCAGAUGUUCACCAGGCCAUCUUUGCCAAUGCCUGUACAGGACACCUACAUGGUCUGCAAUCCGCCCCCUCCUCUCAAUAACCUCAGUAAAUACCGGGAUGAUGGAAAAGAGGCCUUGAAGUUUUACACUGAUCCCUCCUACUUCUUUGACCUGUGGAAGGAGCAAAUGCUGCAGGACACCAAGGACAUCAUGAAGGAGAAACGGAAACACAGAAAGGAGAAGAAAGAUCUGAACCAACGGACGCUCAAUCCACGAAAGAUCAAGACCAGGAAGGAUGAAUGGGAGCGACGUAAGAUGGGGGAGGAGUUUGUGGUGCCGAAGAAUGACUUAAUGAACUCUUCUGAGGGUCUAAAUGGCAGUAUUGGAUCUGGAGAAGAUUUCACUUCUGAAGGACUGGAGCUGAGUACCGGCUCCUACUCCUACGAUCCCAGCUCCCCUCUCUCUCCGCCUGGCAAUGAUGACUUCCUGCCUCCUCCACCUCCAGAUAUGGCGUAUAAUGACGGACAGUAUGGAGCACCAGCCCCGAAGCGUGUCAGUGUGCUGAGUCCAAGCCACCCACCUCCUGCUCCCCCCAUGACCUCUCCUCCACCAAACUCUCGCCCCAACCUAGCCCCUCCCCCUGCUCCUCCUCCCCCUCCUCCUGCCUCAGGUUUCGGAGUUCCACCACCUCCGCCUGGCUUCGACUCCCCACCAGCCCCUCCUCCGCUCUCCUCUGUUCCCUCUCCACCUGCUCCCCCUCCUCCACCUAUUAUGUCUGCUGUUUGUCCUCCUCCUCCACCGCCUGUAUCUACAGGUGGUGGUCCCCCACCUCCUCCCCCACCUCCCCCUCCCCCUGGUCCUCCUCCCUCAUCCUUUAACAUCCCUCCUCCCUCUGGUGGAGGUGCGUCCAGCUCUGCUCCCAAACCUAAACCGGAGCCUGAGGAUGAUCCCCGCAGUGACCUGCUGCAGGCCAUUCGACAAGGUUUCAACCUGCGGAAGGUGGAGGCACAGAGGGAGCAGGAGAAAAGGGAUGACUCUGGUAAUGAUGUGGCUGCAAUCCUGUCACGCCGUAUCGCUGUGGAGUGCAGCGACAGCGAGGAUGACUCUUCAGAGUUUGACGAUGAUCAAUGGUCUGAUUGAUCAUCAUCCCCUUCCACCUUCACUAACACCUCUGUAACUUUACUGCGCUGUAAAUAUCGUCAGUGUAUUUACAUUCAGAUCACUUUAUUAAGUAGCCGUGAAGCAGAGUUGCACGGUGUGUGUGUGUCAGGUAAUUGAGUGUAUGCGCACAUAGUAUGUACAAGUGAUGUGUUAUUAAUCGCCUUCCUCAACCCAUUUAUUUCUGUUUACCAAAACAAAAGUCCAAAAAUGGAGAGUACGUGUGCCUGGUUGUGCAUCAAUUCACAGCUACUUUAAUUGGAUGACACAUAACUGCGAUUGAUGAGAGUGUCAGGUCAUGUGAUGCAUUCUCUGCUGAGUCUGUGCGUAAGCAAACCCCAUCUGUCUUUAUAUAAGUGUCUCUCAGACUCAGAUCCCUGUAGCUACUGGCUAAAAGUCUGAUUUAAUCUGUUUUAGUUUUUUAUAGCAAAGGAUAAUAGAGAGGGAGUUCACACACACACACACCCUCAUCCAUAUACGUGUUGUAUAGACUCAGUCAUGACAUCAAGCUCUUCCUGCUCUUUAAUAGACUAUAUAAUAAAGAUGUAAAGUUUAUAUUGCACAUUGAGUUGUAUCUACUAAACACCAAUAAUGCAAUCCCUCUGUAUUCUUUUAAAGCACAAUUUUUUUUAAUCACUUUUCUUAUUUUACUUUUGUAUUCUGUCGUCUUCUUUUCUGUGGUUGUCAUGGGAACAAUUGACUGGUGGAUGAGACACUGUUAUAGCUCGGAAACAAAAUUCAUGAAUGAAUAAUUCAGUGGGAUUUGUGAUAUAUUGGUCCAUCACAGACACCCGGGGUGUUUGAUGAGAUCAUACUGAACAUAUGCAGACGUUUUGACACAAAUAUCAUGAUUCAUUUUGUACUGGGUUUCAGUUCCCUUCUGUAUUUCUUCCUGCUGUGUUUUUUUUAAUAUAAAUCUAUUCUAGGGAUAUACUAGGGCUUUGGUGCUUUAAUCACUGCUCUGUCUAAUCAGGCAGCUUCUUUGCCUUGUCCUGCUGCCUGAUAAGUGCCUUUUUUUUAUACUGCAAAUCAGUAUCAGUGAAGGUUUAUUUUGGCUCCUGACACUGGACUGAUCAGUGUUUUCCAUAAAUAAAAACAGCUGCCAUUGAUGAGUCAAAUAUAGAAGUGACUGAUGUUAAAUUUGGACCACAAUAUUUCUAAGUGCCUUUUAUUUUCUAUUUGCCUUUGUUAAAGCACAAUCACACAGCAUGCUUAGCCAAAGUUCUGCUUCUUUGCCUUAAGUUUCCCAAGUAUUAUAGUAAUUUCAAUAAAGAGAAUUAAAUGAA